AUGCCAGAUGAACUAUUUAUUGAUGGAAAAAGAGUAAUUCUAAGGCACGCAGGAUCACUGUUCUGUAAGAUAUGCAAACAACUUGGGCGCAACGAAGAAGGUCACAAAAAAGUGGUGAAGAGGAAGAAUGAGAAAACAAAGGCUGAAAGACUGAGGAAGGAUAAAAGGGCACAGGAAAAGGCACUAGGCCUUAAAACACUAACAGAGGAACAGAUGCAGCUGCAAGAAAACGAUAAAAUAAGUGGUUUUACCAGGGGAGAAUAA